UUCAUUUCCCCUAAGGGUUACUUAACUAACAUUCAAACAAUAAUACAAUAAAGCCAAUUUCAUUUGUGUGGCUAUUGAUAAAUUCUCAAUUAAAUCCAUAGAUUCUUUUAUUCAUUUAUUUAUUUGUUUAUUUAUUUAUUUAUUUAUAAUAUUAUUUCUAUCUUUGUACUCACUCUUUGCUCCACUCACUUCAGCUUUCUUCAUCACACUAUAAAGUCUUCCUCCCACCUCUCUUUUUGUCAAUCUAAUCCAAAGACUUUGGAGCUAACUUCCAUUUGUUCUGCUUCCAAUUCAAUAAUCUUUACCAAACUUGUUUUUGGUUUCCAAUAAUUAUGGCAACUUCUGUUACAAAUGUUGGAGCCAUUAACAUGGCACAGUUGAGAUUGAAUGGCUCUAGCAAUGGAAUUCCUAUGACAAGUUCAGCAUUUUUUGGAAAAAGCCUUAAGAAAACCAGUUCACUGAUUUCCAGCCAGAAGAGUUUGUCUGGUAAUUUCAAGGUUUCCGCGCAGGUCGAAUAUGAUGAGGAAAAGCAGACCUCAAAGGACAGAUGGGCUGGACUUGCUUAUGACACCUCAGAUGAUCAGCAAGAUAUCACUAGAGGGAAGGGAAAGGUGGACAGUGUUUUCCAAGCUCCAAUGGGAUCUGGAACUCACUAUGCUAUCAUGAGUUCCUAUGAUUAUAUUAGUGCCGGCCUUCGCCAGUACAAUAUGGACAAUACAAUUGAUGGCUUGUAUAUUGCACCAGCAUUUAUGGACAAGCUUGUUGUUCAUAUCACCAAGAACUAUCUAAGCUUGCCAAGUGUUAAGAUUCCUCUCAUUUUGGGAAUUUGGGGAGGAAAAGGUCAAGGGAAGUCAUUUCAAUGUGAGCUUGUCUUUGCCAAGAUGGGAAUCAGCCCUAUAAUGAUGAGUGCUGGAGAAUUAGAAAGUGGAAAUGCCGGAGAGCCUGCAAAGUUGAUUAGGCAAAGGUACCGUGAGGCGGCCGACAUUAUCAAAAAAGGAAAGAUGUGUUGUCUCUUCAUCAAUGAUCUUGAUGCAGGAGCUGGUAGACUUGGUGGCACUACUCAAUACACAGUCAACAACCAGAUGGUAAAUGCAACCCUUAUGAACAUUGCUGACAACCCUACCAAUGUUCAACUUCCUGGUAUGUACAACAAGGAGGAUAAUCCUCGCGUCCCUAUCAUAGUCACCGGUAAUGAUUUCUCAACAUUGUAUGCUCCUUUAAUUCGUGAUGGUCGUAUGGAAAAAUUCUACUGGGCGCCUACUCGUGAGGAUCGGAUCGGUGUCUGUCAAGGUAUUUUCAGGUCAGAUGGUGUCCCUAAGGAUGACGUUGUCAAGCUUGUUGACACUUUCCCUGGACAGUCCAUUGACUUUUUUGGUGCUUUGAGGGCUAGAGUGUAUGAUGAUGAAGUCAGGAAUUGGAUUUCUGGUAUUGGUGUCGAGAGUAUUGGGAAAAGGCUUGUGAAUUCAAAGGAAGGACCUCCAACUUUUGAGCAACCAAAAAUGACUAUUGACAAGCUACUAGAGUAUGGAAAUAUGCUUGUUCAAGAACAAGACAAUGUAAAGAGAGUUCAGUUAGCUGACAAAUACCUCAGUGAGGCAGCUCUUGGUGAUGCAAAUGAUGAUGCUAUCAAGACUGGAAACUUCUACGGACAAGGAGCUCAGCAAGUUAAUUUUCCUGUCCAACAAGGUUGUGCUGACCCUUAUGCAGAAAACUAUGAUCCAACAGCCAGAAGUGACAAUGGAAGCUGCACAUACAAUUUGUAGUUGAAUUUUAAGUGUACAGAUAAAUAUGGAGAUUUGUAAAAGCAGUCUAAAAAACAUGUUACUAUGUUUCGUAGAUCAUUCACCAUAUUUUAUAUAAUGUGUAUUAAUCUCAACUCUAGGUUAUACAUUUUGUGUUAUUGCUUGUGUAUCCUAUGGUUGAGUUUUAUUUUAUGAAUGACAUCUUAUAGAUGGCAUUGUUUUGGCAA